CCACGAGACGAGCGCAGCAAAAACAAGCAUCGGGGGGUCAGGAUGAGCAGGGCUCAAUGUCACGGAGCUUUUCCAGCAAACAGACCAACCUGAGCCUGCGUCACAUCACUGCGGGCCAGCUAUUAGGAUAUACAAGAGAUUCUACCAGUAGGCGGUGACAUCUUAGAGCGGGACUUGAAUCUCCCUCUGCCCGUCUCCUGUUGUGAAACACCACUGCUCCAUCACCAUGUCCAUCCAGAUAUUUCGAGUGGUGGAGCUGGUGAUGCGCUCUGCUUGCAGCAACACCAUUAGAAGUAGAUCCUAUAUGCAAAAGGCAGGUUUGGCCCCAGUGGGUCCCCCUGGCCUCUGUGUUCCUGUGCUUCACAGGAGGGCCUACAGCCUAGACUCUCUCUCUUCUGGCCCUGGUCGGCCCACACUCGGCUCGACUUCACAGCAGCCCCGCACAGAGAGGACGUCCCCAUCAGCAGCACUCGCACACAGGAACCUGUCGGCUGUGGCUGUACAGGGCCAAUGUCGCCCAUUGUGCCAGUAUGACUUCCUGGACGUCGGGCAGGAAGAAGAGAAUGUACGUCGUGCUAUGUCCUGUAAAAAGAUCCGACACUUUAUUGUGGACCCGGACCUGGCUAAAGUAGUAACACAGCAUCUAGAACCUGAGGCGUCUAAAAGUAUUAUCUUCGAAUGUAACCCAGGUCCUGGGGUGUUGACUCGGACUCUCCUCAAUGCUGGAGCUCAGAGAGUCGUGGCUCUCGAGGAAGAUAAGUCCUUCCUACAUGAUCUACAGGAGCUAGAGGGUCAUCUUGAUGGUCAGCUGGAGGUGGUUCACUGUGACUACUUUAAACUAGAUCCCAUGGGCAAUGGAAACCUGAGGGCCCCUGUCAUGUCCAGUGACAAACUCUUCACUGAUCUGGGAAUAUCAGAGAGUAACUGGGCUGAUGACAUCCCAGUGAAGGUGGUGGGCAUCCUGCCCCAGCGUAAUGAGCGUGGCAUGCUGCUAAAGAUGGCCUAUGCUUUGUUUGAAAGGCUGUCUGUCUACAGAUAUGGAAGGGUAGAGCUCAAUCUGUUCAUGAGCGAGAAGGAAUACCUGAAACUGGUGUCACGUCCAGGCAGCAUGUUUAACUACAGAGCCUUCAGUGUCCUCUGGCAGAUGUCCUGUGACAUUGAUCUGUUACACAAGGAGCCAUGGGAGUCAUUUGUGAAGUCAAAACAGGGUGCAUCUAAACCUAAAGGCCGGCUUCCCAAUGACCACCUCUGCCUGGUGCGUCUGCGUCCACGAGCCGAUCUGUUCUCUGAUGGCCUCAGUCCCUCGAAUGCUUCAACUCUGCUGAUGAUGGUCAAACAGUGUCUGGCAAAGAGGAAGGUCAAGCUCAUUGACAGGCUCAAUGUCUGGUCACCAGAUAGCGGGAGUAAGCUGUUAUCCGAAGUGGGCAUGCCGUUGGACAUUCUGACGGGAAACGUAUUUCCAGAGGAGUAUCUCCAGCUGUUCCAGUUGAUGGACAAGAGUAAGGAGUUCACACAGAGCUGGCUCUAUGAGGAGAUCCUGGAGAACACACAGAGAGAGGGUUGGGCGUAAAAUAGUCAUUUAUGGAGUAGCGACACAAAAAGGUGCAUGUUUGUAUGCACCUUUUUGUGUAUAAAGUGAUGGUUUAUGUAAAAAGAAUAAGGUUUGCAUAAUAAAUCGUGGGAUAUGCAUACAUAAAGUAAUGUAUACAAAUAAGUCAAACAUUAUGAAAUUAGUUGACUGAAACUUGACUGUAUAAACAUUUUGUUACUGAAAUGAAAAAAGUGCUUGACUAACUGUUCUUAAGGUCAAGGAAGAAACGACUUUAAAUGUCUCAGCCUGUUUUCCUUAACCAGGUUUCCCAUGAGUUGAGACUUCAGACAAACUAUAUGAGAAACAGUUUCUAUUUGGUCCUCACAAGACACUGUAUGCAGUCCUCUUUUCAUCAAAUUGUCUGAGAAAUCAAAUGGUUUAAAGAUUGUUGCAAAAAUAAACGUAAAUGAUUUUGUUGUAUCACAGAGGAGAGACGAAUCUGCAUGAACACAGUAGCAACUUGUCCAAGAUCAUGUCAUGCAAAUGAAAAAUAUACUAGAGCAGCUGAAAGCAGCUUCACAAAACAAUGCUUUGUGUCUCCUAUAAUAUUUUGCUAAACUGACAUGGGUGACAGUAGUAGUGCGGUAAAUGCUCAGCGAAGAGGAUUGCAUAUGUAAAGGAAGUUUUGCACUGUAUAGAUUCAUGUCUUGUAUAUUUUUGUAUUUUCGUUGUGAACGUAUAAACUCCUGUAUGUUUAAAAUGCCCUGCUUUAAGCAAUGUAUGAAUUGUGUGUCUAAGAUAAUUUAUAAAUAAUUAAGUCAGAA